AACUACUCAAAAUUUCAAGAAAACAAAGCCAUAAAUCUUCACUUUUAUUCUGCUAAAAGCUUUAUCUUAGAAUCUGUUUUGGCUCUUCCAUUGUUCUUAUCUGAACUUUUCCCAAGGGCCUCAAGCAAGUUGAGGACAUGUUAUGCUAAAAAGAACUGAGUCGUUGGUGAAUCUUAUAUCCUUCUACACAAAUUUUAACCCUCAACUGGGCUAACUGCAGCCUGUUCUUGUUUUCCCUUAAUUCACAGAUAAAUGUUGAGAAGAAGACAUUCCAUGACAUGGAUACUACCCUAACUAUAACCAAUGGCUCAAGGUUUCAAGUGUCUGAGUUUGUUCUAAUGGGGUUUCCAGGCAUUCACAGCUGGCAACACUGGCUCUCCCUGCCCCUGGCUCUACUCUACCUCUUAGCUCUUGGUGCCAAUCUCCUCAUCCUGAUCACCAUCCAUCAUGAGUCUACCUUACACCAGCCCAUGUAUUACUUCCUUGGUAUCUUGGCUGUAGUGGACAUUGGCCUGGCUACUACCAUCAUGCCCAAAAUCCUGGCCAUUUUCUGGUUUAAUGCCAAGACCAUCGGUCUCUCUGAGUGCUUUGCUCAGAUGUAUGCCAUCAACUCUUUCAUGAGCAUGGAGUCAGGCAUCUUCCUCUGCAUGGCUGUGGAUAGGUAUGUAGCCAUUUGCUAUCCCCUUCAGUACCCUUCCAUAGUCACUGAGACUUUUGUGAUCAAAGUCACACUGUCUAUGAUGCUCAGAAAUGGCCUACUGGUCAUCCCAGUGCCUGUACUUGCUGCCCAGAGACACUACUGCUCCAGGAAUGAGAUUGACCACUGCCUAUGCUCUAACUUGGGGGUCACCAGUCUGGCCUGUGAUGACAUCACUAUUAAUAGAUUUUACCAUUUGGCCUUGGCUUGGUUUAUGGUUGGGAGUGACAUGGGUCUGGUCUUUGCUUCCUACAUGUUGAUUAUUCGCUCAGUGCUGAGGUUGAACUCUGCUGAAGCAACAUCUAAGGCCCUGAGUACCUGCAGCUCUCAUCUCACCCUCAUUCUCUUUUUCUACACCGCUAUUAUUGUAGUAUCUGUCACCCAUCUGGCAGGAAGAAGGUUUCCCAUCAUCCCUGUUCUUCUCAAUGUGCUGCAUAGUGUCAUCCCCCCAGCCCUUAACCCUAUGGUGUAUGCCCUUAGGACCCAGGAGUUGAGAGUGGGCUUCCAAAGGUUGUUUGGUCUGGGUGAGAAUAUGUCUAGGAAGUGA